UCUAAAAAUGUGAUUUUUGCAGUUGCAUUUUAAUGCUUGUUAUUGACGUGUGAUCCUGUCCAUAGUGAUUUAAAUAAUUUUAGUAUUUUUUUUAUAUAGUGUGUUGGUCAUCUCCGUUAGUUUGAAACACAUUUUACUGGUUUUAUCAAUUAUGGCGUCAGUUGUUGAAAAAAUAGCAGCUAUUGAAGCUGAGAUGGCUCGUACCCAGAGAAAUAAAGCCACCAUGGGUCACUUAGGUUUGUUGAAAGCUCGAUUGGCGAAAUUAAGGCGAGAGCUGAUGACACCAAAAGGUGGUGGUGGAGGACCUGGUGAAGGGUUUGAUGUUGCCAAAACAGGCGAUGCAAGAAUCGGGUUCGUAGGUUUUCCUUCCGUGGGCAAAUCUACUCUGAUGAACACACUGGCCGGUGUCUUCUCUGAAGUUGCAGCUUAUGAAUUCACAACUCUGACCACCGUCCCGGGUGUUAUUAAAUACAAAGGAGCUAAAGUUCAGCUUUUAGAUCUUCCAGGUAUCAUUGAGGGAGCUAAAGAUGGUAAAGGACGUGGUCGACAAGUCAUUGCGGUUGCUCGAACAUGCAGCUUAAUAUUUAUAGUUUUGGAUGUUCUCAAGCCCCUUGUACAUAAAAGGUUAAUAGAGCAUGAACUGGAAGGGUUUGGAAUAAGACUUAAUAAAGAGCCACCUGGGAUGGUACUGCGAAAAAAAGAUAAAGGUGGCAUUAAUUUGCAAAUGAUGGUUCCUCAGUCAGAAUUGGACUUGGAUACUGUCAAGACGAUCCUCUCUGAAUACAGGAUACAUAAUGCAGACAUAGUGCUAAAGAGUGAUUGUACCUCAGAUGAGUUAAUUGAUGUAAUAGAAGGCAACAGGAUAUAUAUACCUUGCAUUUACGUUUUAAAUAAGAUUGAUCAAAUAUCUAUCGAAGAAUUAGACAUUAUCUACCAAAUACCCCAUACUGUCCCCAUCUCAGCUCAUCAUAAGUGGAAUUUUGAUGACUUACUGGAAAAAGCAUGGGAAUACCUGAAAUUGAUACGAAUUUAUACCAAACCGAAAGGGCAAUUGCCGGAUUAUGAAUCACCAGUUAUUCUCUGUCAUGAUAAAAGUACAGUUGAAGAUUUCUGUAAUAAAUUGCACAGAACAAUAAUGAAAGAAUUCAAGUAUGCACUAGUUUGGGGCUCAUCUGUAAAGCAUAACCCUCAAAAAGUAGGAAAAGAUCAUGUUUUGAAUGAUGAGGAUGUGGUACAAGUCGUUAAAAAGGUCUGAUAACAAUCAAGGAAGUUGCUGUAUCUGAUAAUUCAAUAAAAUAGAUAUGAAAUGUUG